AUGAGCGAAAUGCAUCAAGCGCCUCGGCGAGAGCUCGGGGUAGAAAGUGGAUCUGCAGCGUCUCUUCUCGACAGCAAUAGUCCCGAUGUUUCCCCCCGCUUCCCUUUGGAUACUGUCACCCACAACCUCCCAAGGACACCGGUCAUGAGCCGAAAACACUCGAGAGUCGACCGUAUCUUGCUGACUCUAUCUUCAUGGUGGUGGUGGGAGAUAUGCGGCUGUCUAGUCUGCAUUCUCAGUAGCAUGCUGCUGAUUGUGUUCGUCGCGAAAAUCGACCAGGUGUCUCAAGAAGAGUGGGACUACAGGCUACAACCCAACACAAUCAUCUCGAUUAUCACUACAGCUGGGAAGACAUCCAUGAUGGUGCCCAUCGCGGCUUGUAUCAGUCAGCUAAAGUGGACCGAGUUCAGGCAGCCAACUCGACUGAGUCUCCUCCAGAGCAUCGACGACGCCAGCCUGGGGGUCUCUGGUCCUCCUAGCCAAGGCGCGCACCAAGGUCCUCCUUCUCCCAGCUCUCGCCUUCCUGACAGUUGCCUCGGUGGCGUUUGA